AUAUCUAAUUAGUUUCACGUGUACAGAUUUGUCAAGGUUGCUGCAGGACUGCACAGAUAAAUGUAAGGACAGUUUUGCACCAGUACAGAUAUCUGUCAAUUUUUCGAAUGGUUUCCCCUGUAUCUGAAAAAUUGACAGUCAAUCCCAAAAUGAAACAGUACUGUCAGGACAGCCCCCCAAUGUCAGGACAGUACAGAUAUCCCCAAAAUGUCAUGUACAGAAAAUGUCAGGACAGUACAAGAUAUCCCCCCCAAAUGUAAGGACAGUACAGAUAUCCCCCAAAGAACAGUACAGAUAUCCCCCAAAUGUCAGUACAGAUAUCCCCCAAAUGUCAGGACAGUACAGAUAUCCCCCAAAUGUCAGGACAGUACA